AUGGAGGAGGUUUGGGAUCGUUUGAAGUUGAAUGAGGAGAAUAUGCCGAUCGCUAUUAAUUUGGGGGAGGAGUUCUUGUCGAAGGCUAAACGUAGCUUGGUGGGGGAGAUCAUUGUCGAUAGAACAAUCGGGAAGGAGGUGGCACGUCGGACUAUGGAGAAGAUUUGGAGAGUCGGGAAACCUCUAGUGUUUCAUGAGUUCAGAGCCAAUUGUUUCAUUAUCACCUUCGUAAACCCUGGUGAUACGAAUCGAGUGCUGCGAGGUAAGCCUUGGCUCUUCGAUAACCAUUCAUUUAUUUUGAGAAUGUUCGAUGGAAUCACUCAACCUAAUAAAAUCAACUUUGAGGAGGAAGAAUUUUGGGUGCAGUUGCACAAUCUACCUUUAGCUUGUAUGAAUAAGAUAGUUAGGGAGCUGAUUGGGAGUUCUGUGGGGAAGGUUGUGGAUGUAGAUGUGAUUGAGGAUGGUAUCAUAUGGGAAAGUUACCUGAGGGUUCAUGUGUUUUGUGAUCUAAAGAAGGCGGUGGCUAUAGGUCGCACAGUUAACUUGUAA